UAAAGUUGCAUAUUUUUUCAGAUUUAAGCUUAAUUUUUUUCAUUUUUACACUGUUCUACACAAGUAUUUUUUGCCUGGGAUUAGACGCUGCUGACACAAGAUGGCGGAAGCCCAUGCCGCUGUAGCGUUUCAAUUCACUGUCACUCCUGAUGGACUAAGACUCCAUAUUUCAAGUGAAGCUCUUCGCGCUGUUUAUCUUUCUGGAAUCAGAUCUUGGAGGAAGAGGGCCACUAGAUUCAGGAAUCGUUUUCUGAGUGGAGUAUACCCUGCAACAUUCUCAAGUUUGUUUGUAUUAAUUGGAGUGGUAACCUUGGUAACGGUUUGUGGGUUCGACCUAUCGUUCGGGUACAUACCGAGUAUAGCUGGGUAUAUCUCAACUGAGCCGUCGAAGUUUGUCUUAGGCUUCGCAGCUAUCCUUUUUACAACGAUUGUCUGGACUCUGGCCGUCUUACUCAUCCGAUAUACCCUCAAACUAUUGCUUUGUUACCAUGGAUGGAUGUUCGAACCUCGAGGAAAAGUCUCGAUCACGACUAAAUUAUGGGCGGUUUCCACAAAACUUCUAUGUGGAAAGGAACCACGAUUGUUCAGCUAUCAAGCGUCUCUUCCAAGAUUGCCUGUUCCAUCUGUCAAGAAUACUGUACAAAGGUAUCUACGCAGCGUCAGACCUCUUCUUGCUGACCCUGAGUACGACUCGAUCGUGUCUUUGUCUCAAGAAUUCGAAGCUACUUUGGGAAGUAAAUUACAGCGAUAUCUGAUUUUGAAAUCUUGGUGGUCGACUAACUAUGUCACUGACUGGUGGGAACAAUAUGUCUACCUUGCAGGCCGUGGUCCAAUUAUGGUGAACUCUAAUUACUACGGCAUGGAUUUGAUGUUCAUGCAGCCGACGUCAAGUCAAAUAUCGCGUGCCGCCACUAUCACUCAUGCGUUAUUUGCUUUCCGAAGCACACUCGAUAAAGAGAUGAUUAAACCGAUUCAAGUGAAUGGGCUUGUACCUCUCUGCAGUUUCCAGUAUGAGAGAGUAUUCAACACCAGUAGAAGCCCUGGAAUUGAUAUCGAUCAGAAUGUUCACUACAUGGAUUGUCGUCAUGUUGCCGUGUACCAUGCCGGACGCUGGUUCAAAGUGCCAUGUUACAAGCACGGCAUCUUGCUCAGACCAAAAGAAAUUGAAUCACAGAUGGAGGCUAUUAUUAAUGACCCAUCUCCCCCCAGUGCCGGGGAGGAACAUCUUGGUGCUUUAACUGCUGGAGAACGAAGACCAUGGGCAGAGGCUCGUCGUGAUUUCUUCAAAUCCGGAGUAAACAAAGAGUCGUUGCACGCGAUCGAGAAAGCGGCGUUCGUGGUUGUGUUGGACGAUGAAUCCCAUGUGUUAGACGUUGAUGAUGCGACAACUUUCUCGAAGUUCGGACGUUCGCUGUUGCAUGGAAAAUGCCAUAACAGAUGGUUCGACAAAUCUUUCCAAGUUAUUUUCUACAAAAACGGGCGAUUUGGAAUGAACGCGGAACAUUCCUGGGCCGACGCUCCGAUCAUGAGUCAUCUUACGGAAGAAGUAUUGUAUGAUGAGUUUGCGAACUUUGGAUAUAAUGAUGACGGUACCUGCGUCGGAGAAUUAACUACGACCCCACUCCCGCCUCAACGCUUGAAAUGGAACAUUCCAGAACCUUGCAUUGACGUCAUUGAAUCAAGUCUAAAGGUUGCAAAGCUUUUAUCUGACGACGUUGACCUCCACGUGUUUCCAUUCCGACGAUUCGGGAAAGGAUUGAUCAAAACUUUCCGAAUGUCUCCUGACGCUUUCAUCCAAUUGUCCCUUCAACUUGCACAUUUCAGGGACAAAGGUCAUUUCAGUUUGACGUACGAAGCUUCGAUGACAAGAUUGUUCCGAGAAGGAAGGACCGAGACUGUUCGUUCAUGCACGACUGAAUCCUGCGCUUUCGUUCGGGCCAUGGAAGAUCCAGAACAAACUGUCGCUGACGAUGGCUACGGUGUCUCCUACAUCAUCUGCCACGAAAACACCAUAAUGUUUCACAUCUCAAGCAAAGUCUCCUCUCAUGAGACAAACUCAUCUCGAUUUGCUUGAUAACAUCGAAAAAGCAAUGAUGGAUGUGAAGGACCUCUGCGAAUAUGCAAAGAAAAAUAAUUAGGAAAAAAACAAAAAAAAUUAGGAAUUAUUAUUAGGUUUUAAUGCAUUGUGUUUUAUAAAAAUAAGGGGGGAGCACUGGGGGUAAAAAAGUAUGGGAUUUCAUUUUGAUUUUACUUAUACUUUUGUGUGAAAAAGCGUGUUUUAUUUUUUCUGUGAUAUUUACUGAUUGUGUUUUUAUCUUAGUGUAAAACAGAUUUGGAAACCAAAAAAAAAAAAAAAUUCUGAGAGAUGGGGGAAUUUUUCAGAUAAAUUUGAAUUUGAGUACAAUUUCAUAUAAAUCACGAUUCAGCAUAGUUGCAUAAAUAUUUUGACAAUUUUGAACAAACCGGCAGUGACUAGGUAUCACUGUAGGCUCUGACCUUUUUUUCUGACCCCUUACCCUGCCCCCUCCCCCCCCCUUUAAUUUUCGUCGUCUCACUCAGGUGAGAGCUGUAUACAGCAUAUAUACUAAGACAUGUUUUUCUAUAACAAGAAUUUGGGUGCAUUUGCCUGUGGUGAGGUCACAACACAGGACCCAGAGAAGUUAUGACAUUUUUUCUCACACCCCCUGUCCCCCCACCAUUUCAAUGUCCCAGCAAGGAAGGAAAACCCCUCUAGUGGGUGCUAUUUGUUGGGGUCCCGUUUUUUCCUCCCCCUCCCCUCUUUUCCAAGAUAAACUCCUAUGUUGUGCUCCUCGCUUUUUCAUUUUCUGUAUAUUCAACAUAUCAACCACUUUGUAUUUGCUUUUCGGGAAUACCACAUAGUCACAAAUAUUUUUGAUAAUACCCCCCCCCCUCCCCCCCAAAAAAAAAAUAAUAAAUUUGUGUUAUAUUCCUAUUUACAUUAACAAGAAUACAGCAUAGAUGUAAAAUAGAAUAAAAAAAAUUCUUAGUUCAUUGUUUUGACCCUCACAGACGUAUUAAAUGAAGGUAAAAACACACUUUAACAAUUACUAAUUAAAAAAGAUAAUAUAAUAAGAUAAUAUUGAUAACUGAUUUCAUAACAAAAUUGAAAUUGUGAACUGACUUUAUGGACACCCUGUAUUUAUAAAGCAUUUUAGAUUUGACAAUGUAUGAUUAUAUAUUGGGCUAUGGCAUAUCCUAUAGGGUUAGAAAUAGCUCGUGGAUGGGGUUUCUCAUAUAAUUAUUAUGAAAGACACCGACACAAUUCCUUAUGACAAUCUACUCAUUUAAAUGUGGUGUUCCCUCUAUAUAUAUUAUAUUUAUGAUCUUCUUUGAUAGACUGUUAGAAAUUGAAUAUUUUUUGAUGUUUUAAUUAUGAUUCCAGGACUGAACUUUGGAAACCUAAUUAGAUAAUGAGAACUGUAGCGUAUAUACAGGGACAUAGCCAGCAGGGGGUUUUGAGGCUUGCUCCUUCCUUUUUUUAAAUGAAAAAAGGCAUAUAACUGAUUUAAACAUUGCAUUUUUUCUUAAAACAAAAUGCUUUUUGAACUCUUGAAAACCCAUCUGCCUCGUCACCCUGUUGAAAUGUAAAAAAAGCAAUUUUUUGUAGCAUAAAACACUUUAUGGGACUCUUGAAGACCUACACGACCACCGGACAGACCUAGCAAUUACGGUCCAACUUGGCAAUAACAAAUAUCAAGAUCUUCACUUUUAUCUUCACUUCUGUUUAUACACGCUUCAAUUGUCUGUAAAGAAAACUUCUUUGGCUUAAUUUUUGAGUUUUUGUCUAAAUUAUGAUUAUUACCAUUAGAAGUCCGAAACUAUAAUUAAUGAGAGAAAUCCAAAUUUUGAACA